UAAAUUUAUAAACUAACGUAUACUGAUUUCACCUCAGUAUUAAAGCGACAACGAUAGACGAAAGUUCUCUUCGGAACUUGACAGAUUUUACGUGACCUAGCGGUUGUAAUUUAGCAAUAGAAUCUAAACGAAAGCCUUUGGCCAAUAUAACUUUAUAAGAUGGAAUGUGAAAAGAAUGAUAAAUAUACAGCAGGAAUAGAACUGUCUAACAAAUGUAGAGAAUUUUACCACAAAAGAAUGGAAACAGCAGAAAAUGUGAAACAAAGACUCUCUCCAGUGACAGGAAAAGAACGGAAAAGAUCUUCAAUAGACACGGCGAUGGAAAAACUAGGAAACGAAAUGGCUUCCCUUAUGGACCAAGACCUAUCCUUAAUGAAACAACUUUUAACUCUAAACGAAGCCAUAGAAGAUUUGAAGUGGCGGAGCAGAAAUAACAGCAGAACACUCUCUACAAGUUCGUGCGAUCUUAGCGAGUCAGACAUAUCCUUAUCAGACACAGACAUGGUAUUCCAAUCUGAAGACGAGGACGUGAAAAUAAGUUCAUCUGAAAACCACAAAUGUGACUCAGUGGAAACAAAGUGUGACUCUCAGACAUUCCAAUUAGACAAUUCAAAAGUUUUAAACAAUCAAAUAAAUGACGACAAACUGUGGACAACGGGGAAUCUAUUAGAAGAAGUCAGUCAUAAAUUAUUGGACCUCGAUGGCUCGUGUGAUUCUGGUAUCAAUAUUGAAUAACAAUGUACAAACUAUAUGUUAAGAUAUUUAAAUGUAACAAGAGUUAGAUCGAGAUAGCUGACGAUUGAAACAUCGAUUAACAUAAGCGUUGUAUAUUAGACUGCACACAAAUAGUAACAAUUGAUCUCAUACUAUUGUCCACAUGGUGACUGAUAUCAAUUUUGCAGCAGGUGCGAUGAAAAUAUCUAAAAAUAACUUUUAGGAUAUUUCAGUGCAGUAAUAAUCAACAUUAUAUGAAUAUUAAAACAAUGAAGAAAUUUAGAAAGAUCCCUUAGGCCCCAUAAUUCGUCAGCUAUCUCUUCUGAAUAAUUAUAAAUUUGUAUUUCGACACACCUUUCAUUGAGGGUAGUAUUAUAACGAUUGGCUCUUUGUCAUGAAAUUCAACAAAUAAUAAUACAAAUUCAUAAUUGUUAUAUAAAACAUUUAUGCGAGGGCUAGUUCAGAUGAAAUAAUAUAAAAAAUGUUUAAAAAAGUCACCAUAAAGACAUCAUGUUAUUAAGUUAUUUUUUUUAUAAAUAUUAGAUCUAAAUAGUUUUCUGCACAUAAAACAAUUAGAACUAACAAACGUGCAAAUGAGUUUUUUGAGGGGAGGAGGAGUCUCGAGAGAAAUUUGUCGAGAGGGUCACAGAAUGCAGAAAAUAAGGGAAUUUCAAACCUUUGAAACUUUAAAAUAUUUCGCAUUCACUAUAAGUAAAAUUUUUUUUUAGUGUUUUACUUAGGUAGCUUUUUCGAAUGUUUCAAAGGUAUCCUAAUUAUUUUAGUAGACCACUACUAUGAUACUGCAUAAUUACUGGGAUUAAUUUCCCAUUGUUAUAUUCUGACGUCAUAAACAAAUAGUCAGAGUUUCUUUUAAGUUUUUUAUGAAAAUGCAUAAAAAAAAUGCAUUAAAAAGUGCUUGUUUUCAUUUUCAACGUGAUAGAAAAAUAAGGUUUAUUGACGUCGAUAAAACUUGUGUUGAUGUUGAUAUUCAACGGCGCUUUACUUUUAUAUAAUUAUACAUAUCGGUUAACCAUGGGUUUUUUUAAAUGGUAGACAAAAUCAUGUUUUUUUAAGGUAGACAAAAUAAAAUAAAUAUCCUUGUUACCAAAUGAAUCUUGUAAAACAUGUUUUUUCAACAGUUCCGACAGUUCAUAUAAUGUAUUUCUCGAAUUUUAAAUAUGUUAACUGUUAUACAAAGCAUGAUCAAAACUGUGUUACUUAGAUCGUAUAGAGUUUGCCACCGUUAUGACUGUAUUUUGUGUUUAACAUGCUUUUAAAACGCACAGGGAAAGUGAAGAUGUAAAUAAUUAUGUUUGAUCUAUCAAUUCAAAACUGUCUGUUUAUUUUGUACAAGUGAAAUUCAAACAAGUUUGGGUUAAGUUUAUUCUGUUUUGAUUUUAAAUUGUUCUGUAAACAAACUUAUAUAUUGAAAUAAUCCUUCUGCAGAAAUACAAUAAGGUAAAAUCUAUACUGAUGUUUAAUUUCUCCAUGUUAGAGAUUGUUAUAAGGACAUGUGAAUCGAUGAUAAAUAUCAAACUUGCGUCAUGUUAAUAUAUUUCACCUUUUCCUUCAACUUUCUCACAAAUGCUAAACAAAUAUGGGACAAAUAAGAACAAGCAUACUUUUGCAUCUACCUAAAGUUCUUUGAUGUCUAUUUCAAAGCUUGCAUAUCUGUAAUUUGUAUUUUCUGUGAUAUAUUUUCUCUAAAAAUUAAAAACAUUUAUUUAGUAACUUCAAAUAUUGUUUGCUGAACUAAAUGUAAUUUGUUUAAUGACUCUUCGUCAUUGACCUUACCUUUUUAACAUUUAUUUAGUCUUAUAUCUUCUUAAACUUUUAUUCCAAAUUAUAAUUUCAUAUUCUUUUACAUUUAAACAAAAAUUAACGAAAACAUUAAUAUGAUCAAUAAAUUCUACUUGAAAGUAUAUUUUAUGGGGUGUUUUUAUUAUGGAGAAUCUUUUAGUUAAAAUACGCAUGUUAAAUCUUGAUGAUUGACUGUGAAAUUAAUUGGAUCUUUAACAAAAUAAAUCUUUUGGAAAACA